AUGACGCUCCUCCAGUGGCUCGAGGUCCCUCAAGAAGGAGAGACCAUUCCCGACCGAUGGAUCAAUAGUGAUAUCGAACCCAUUCAGGCGGAUCGCCGCCGCUGGGGGUUCUGGACCUUCAACAAUUAUUGGGUCCUCAUCAGCUCCAACAUCUCUGGCUAUAUGACCGGCAGCUCGUUGAUCGCCCUCGGACUGUCGUGGUGGCAGGCUAUCGUCGCCAUUGUGGUCGGAAACAUCCUGGCAACCAUUUUCAUCGUCCUCAACUCGCUCCCCGGGGCCUAUUAUCAUCUUGGAUUUCCUGUGGUGAAUCGAUAUGUCUGGGGCAUGUAUGGCAGCCAGUUUGUCAUCUGGAACCGUAUUUUUCUCUCCCUCAAUGCCUUUCAGGCCUGGAUCGGAGGCGAGUGUGUGUAUGUUUGCCUGCAAGCCAUUUGGCCCUCGCUGGAGAAGCGCAUUCCCAACCACAUGCCCACCGACACCGGCAUGACGACCGCCGAGUUCGUGGGAUACAUCAUCUUUAUGGUACUUUCCCUGCCGGUAAUCUAUGUGCGACCGCAUAAAUUGCAGAAAAUGUUCUACAUCUCGGCUGUCAUUGUCAUUGUUUUCGAAUUCGUACUGCUAAUCUGGUCACUGGCUACCAUGGGUCCCAACGGCUUCGGUGACACAUUGGCUUCAGGAUCGAAAGUCUCUGGGUGGAUGAUCGCGUAUGGAAUUAUCAGCACAAUCGGCAGCAUCUGCGCCGGAAUCCUCAACCAGAACGAUUACGCGCGGUUCGCACGACGACCUCGAGAUGCCAUCUAUGGCCAGCUCUUCAGCGCGGCACUGUACGCCAUCAUAAUCGGCGUGAUUGGCAUUCUCGUCACGGCGGCCACGCAGGAACGCUAUGGAGAAGCCUACUGGAAUCUUCCCAAGCUCCUGGGCGCUGUCAUUGAGACUGGGGGGUCCCGAUCGCGCGCAGCAGGCUUCUUUGGAGGCGUCGCGUUGAUUGUCUCGCAAAUGGGGGUCAAUGUUCCAGGCAACGCUCUCUCGGGAGGGUUCGAUCUGGCGGCGACCUUCCCCAGGUACAUUAACAUCCGUCGGGGUGCGUACCUGACGGCAUUGGUCUCCAUUGCAGCCAAUCCAUGGAGAUUGGUCAAUACAGCCACGGUGUUUAUCACGGUCCUUAGCAGCUACUCGGUGUUCAUGGCACCGAUGAUCGGGCUGAUGAUCGCGUCGUACCUGUGCGUCCACCAGCGUAAAAUCAAAGUCCCGGACCUGUUUGUGGGAGAUGCACGGAGCAUCUACUGGUAUACAUACGGGGUAAAUUGGCGCGCCAUCAUCGCGUGGAUCUGUGGGACAGUCCCCUCGCUUCCCGGUUUCAUAGCCUACGUCAAUACAACCAUCCAUGUUCCGGCCGGGCUGAUGCAUCUGUAUUACAUCUGCUUCCUCAGCGGUGCGUUGAUCGCUGGCGCCGUGUUUGCGGCGCUGCAUUAUGUCUUUCCCGACCGACGGGUGCGAUCGUUUCUCGCAUCGGCCCCUACUGCUCGAAUUCUGAUCGAGGAAUACCGGGACCAGCAGAUUACGGUCGAAGCAGUGAUUCAUGUGAGGUCUCCGAAGCUCUCGGAUAAUGAGGGAGAAACUGCCAUCAAUGAGCGUGUUUGA